CGCCGAUAAUACGCCGUGUGCCGUGGGGAGCGCAGAAGUCGAGGCGGCAAUAUGGGGAAGCGCACGUUGUCGCUAGCUCUCCUCUUCCUCGGAGGCCUGUUUUUGUACGGAGCUUCCGCUGACACCGGCGGUGUAAAAAAGCUGAAGAUGCAGUUCGCCACCGGGCCCCUCCUGAAAUUCCAGAUCUGCGUUUCCUGAGGCUACAAGCGGGUGUUUGAGGAGUACACGCGGGUUCUUAACCAGCGUUACCCAGACAUCCGCAUUGAAGGGGAGAGUUACCUGCCACUACCCAUUUACCGACACAUAGCUUCCUUCCUGUCCAUCUUCAAGCUCGCCGUGAUUGGGCUGAUUAUUCUGGGCAAGGAUCCAUUUAUGUUCUUUGGUAUGCAAACCCCUAGACUCUGGGUCUGGGGACAGGAGAAUAAGAUCUAUGCUUGCAUGAUGGUCUUCUUCCUUAGCAAUAUGAUUGAGAACCAGUGUAUGUCUACAGGAGCUUUUGAAAUCACCUUAAAUGAUGUACCAGUGUGGUCCAAGCUACAGUCGGGCCACUUGCCCUCCAUGCAGCAGCUGGUCCAGAUCCUAGACAAUGAAAUGAAGCUGAACGUGCAUAUGGACUCCCUCUCACACCAGCGCUCGUAACGGCCCCCUGUCCCCGUCUGCGGUCUGAGACCCCCCUGUUUGAGGUGAGCAUGUCCCCAGGCUGAGGACCGACACCCAUGAAGGUCUGUGCUGAAGGCAGGAUGACUGCUAGCACAGACUGGAAGACACCGUCGCUCCUCUAAGCCUCUAGACAAGCCCCCUGCAGCAGACUGGGAUCUGUGGCAGCCAGACAGUCUUAAUUGUAGUUUUUUUUGUGCAAUUUUUAAAUGCAAAAUCUAUUCAUUUUAUGUUCUGAGCCGAAAUAUAGCUUAAAGUCAGUGGCAGUUGUAUUUUAUAUUUGAUUCAGCAGGAUUAAAAGUGACAUCAUACAAGCAUUUAACAUUAAUUUAAUUUCUGAGCUACUGUAAUUUUAUAUUUCUUUUUAUAGCAAAAAAAGAGGAACUUAAAUGAUAUUAAAGUGGAUUACAUAUAAUGGAA